CAUUUGGCUGAUUACUCACUGCUUUCACGUUUUUAGAAAAGGCAAAUAGAGGAGUUUACCCAGGUGAAGGGCAGAGCUGCAUUCUGGGUCAAAGCCAUUUGAAAAGCUGAUUCUUUUCUGCAGGUUUCUUGUUAUAUAUUAAGACCUGCCAUGCCAUCUUAUACAGUGACUGUUGCCACGGGGAACCAGUGGUUUGCAGGGACGGAUGAUUAUGUCUACAUCACUCUGGUGGGGACUGAGGGAUGCAGCGAGAGAACACUGCUGGAUAAACCCCUCUACAACGACUUUGAGAGGGGGGCGGUGGACUCAUAUGACCUGAAAGUUGAUGAGAACUUGGGUGAUAUCAUGCUGGUGAAGAUUGAGAAGAAGAAAUAUUGGAUGCUGGAUGACUGGUACUGCAGGUACAUCACUGUCAAGACCCCACUUGGAGAUUAUGUGGAGUUUCCCUGCUUCCGCUGGCUGGUGGAUGAUAAGGAAGUGGUUCUGCGGGAUGGACGAGCAUUUCUGCCAGAGGAUGAUAAAUCCAGCAUAGUAAAGCAGCACAGACAAAAAGAGCUGGAUCAGAGAAGAAAAACCUUCAGAUGGAAGGAGUGGCAGCCAGGCUUUCCUAUGAGCAUAGAUGCAAACAGACACAGGGACCUGCCCCGCGACAUCCAGUUUGACAGCGAGAAGGGAGCAGAUUUCAUAUUAAACUACAGUAAGGCAAUAGAGAACCUGUGUGUGAACAGUUUCAUGAACAUGUUCCAGUCAUCAUGGAGUGACUUUGGCGACUUUGAGAAAAUCUUUGUGAGAAUCAAAAACACCAUCUCAGAGUAUGUGAUGCAACACUGGAAAGAAGACUUCAUGUUUGGAUACCAGUUUUUGAAUGGUUGUAAUCCUGUGUUGAUCAGCAAAUGCACUAAACUGCCUGACAAGUUCCCUGUAACUAAUGAGAUGGUUUCAGUCAGCCUGGAGAGGGACCUGACCCUGGAGCAGGAAAUUAAGGCAGGCAAUUUAUUCAUAGCGGACUAUGAAAUGCUAGAGGGCAUAAAUGCGAAUACCACAGACCCAAACACGCAGCAGUACCUGGCAGCUCCAAUCUGUCUGCUUUACAGGAACGUGCGGAACAAGAUCAUGCCUAUAGCCAUACAGCUUGGCCAGGAUCCAGAUGAAAACCCAAUCUUCCUUCCCACUGACAGUCAGCAUGACUGGCUGCUGGCUAAGAUCUGGGUGCGAUCAGCUGACUUCCAGCACCAUCAGACCAUCACACACCUGCUGAGGACACAUCUGAUGACAGAGGUGUUUGGUAUCGCCAUGUACAGGCAGCUUCCGGCUGUUCACCCAGCAUUUAAGUUACUCAUCCCACACAUUCGCUUUACUAUCGCCAUCAAUACCAAGGCCAGAGAACAGCUCAUUUGUGAGUGUGGGAUUUUUGACAAGGCAAAUGCAACAGGCGGGGGUGGUCAUGUCCAGCUGAUCCAGAAAGCCAUGAAGACUCUGACCUACAGAUCUCUCUGCUUCCCCGAUAUGAUCAAGAGCCGUGGCAUGGACAGCACAGAGGAUCUGCCCACCUACUUCUACAGGGAUGAUGGCUACAAAGUGUGGGAAGCCACCAAGAGUUUUGUCUCUGAGGUGAUGGGUAUAUACUACACCAGUGAUGAAAGAGUGCAGAGAGACGAGGAAAUACAGGCCUUUGUCAAAGACGUAUGCAGCUUUGGUAUGCAGGACUUCGAUCACUGCGAGUUUCCAAAGUCUGUGAAGACACGGGAAGAGCUGAUAGAGUACCUGACUGUGGUUAUAUUCACUGCUUCUGCUCAGCAUGCAGCAGUGAACUUCGGACAGUAUGACUGGUGCUCCUGGAUCCCCAAUGCUCCAUCUACCAUGCGGAAACCACCUCCAAAGGAGAAAGGACAAGCAGAUGUGAAACUGAUCAUCGAAAGCCUCCCUGAUCGUGGUCGUUCCAGCUGGCACCUGGGGGCCGUGUGGGCCCUCAGCCAGUACCAGGAGAAUGAGCUGUAUCUGGGGAUGUAUCCAGAUGAACACUUUAUAGAGAAGCCAGUGAAGGCGGCCAUGGACAGGUUCAAGAAACAGCUGUCAGAGAUAACCAGCUCCAUCAAAAGGAGAAAUGAAGGAAAGAAGCUGCCAUACUACAACAUGUCUCCAGACAAAAUCCCAAACAGUGUUGCUGUUUGAGGAGUAAAACUCACCUCAUAUAUAUAAAAUCCAGCUCUAUUUUACGGCUGUCAUUUAAGAAUUGUAAGAAAUAGAGCUUUUGGUAAUCAUUCAAAAGAUAUUCUUGAUUAAGUUUUGUCUAGUUUGUGAACAUUUGAUUACAUAUCUAAGGUGAGAAAUAUACAUUUAAAAAUGGACGGUCUGCUUAAUGUUUCCCUUCUGAAUAUAAAGUUAGGCAUAUUUGUGAUGCUUGACACUGAUUGGCAUACAAAGAAUCGGCCAAGCACAAGGAUUCUGUUUUGAUUUAUUGCGGUUUAUAUUUUCAUUUUCAUCCGAGGAUAAAUUCAGAAUACACAUCUAACAGGACAUUUAAAAUAAGACUUUUAGAUGCUGAAGAUCUUGAUCAGAAUUUCAAAGCAAUAAGCUUUGAUUGAAAGUGCCGUCAUGAUACAACUAAUCUCAGUGUUCCAGAGUGCAAAAUAAGAGCUCCAACUUUUUACUUUGUAAAUAAUACUAAUAAUUUAACUAUGUUUCCAAUGUAACUCACGGUUUUGGGAUUGUUAAUUUCUUUUUUUUUUUCUGCUUUGUAGUCCUACCUAAAGAAAAAAAAAAAGUCUAAUAGCAUUGGGUGUAUGUGCUAUGGAGAGAAAACUAUUGGUUGUAUGUUUAUUUUAAUAAUCCAGUUUUGUAUAAUGGAUUUCUGCCUCCUUUUUUCUAGAGAAAAAUUCAGUUUUUUUUUUUUUUUUUUACAUGUGCGUCUUUGCUCUGUAUAAAUGUCAGAAUAAUAUUGUUGUAAAGCCAGUGAUGUUAGUUAUCUAGAAUGUAAGACAUUCAGGGAUUUCAAAUGUAGGGAUUGGUGGGAUUUAUGUUGUUCCGAUUCAUAUUUCUCUGAAACUUUAAAUGAUUUGGGUUUGUGUCUCUUCUAAAGCAUUUUAAUUACAUUUUUUCUU